GGUUUCCUCAGAAUCAAUAAAUGCAUAAGGAAAAGGGAAGAAAGUUAGGAAUACAGCACUGUAUGUGAGAGUCCUGAUUCCACAAUACCAGAAAAACAGGCCAUUUAAGAGCUUUGAGGUUGCAAGCAGAUCACGUCAGCACUGCUAAUAACGAUGAAUAUCGGUCCCCUUUCGGGGAAGCGCCAAAGUGUCUACCAUGGGCAUUUUUAAAGCAAAAGGGCAAAUAAAAUCCUGGCGCGCAAACACGCACUCUGGUGAUCUCUCCCAGACCCAGAGUUAAAGCUGGAGGCUUUCCCCUAGUUCAUUUCCAGCGCCAAUUUGCCCCGGGAACCCUGUUGCGAGACUGACACGACCGUCGUCCAAUGGCACAGCAGGCAGAGGCGGGACCUCACGCUCACGUCCAAUCGGCUCGCGCCGCGGAAGGUCAGGGCGGAAGUGGCGGCCAUGGAGCCGCUUGUGCAGUAUACAGAGCGCUUCUCAGAGCUGCUGGCCGUGUCGUGCGGGACGCUGGUGAGCACGUGGGACGCCGCGACCGUGCGCAGGGCACUGCAGUGGGCGCGCUAUUUGCUCCACGUGUACCGACGCUUUGCGAGCCGCCGCCGCGUGCGGGAGGCGCUAGAGAGGCGGCUCCACGCGCGGAGAGGGCCUCUCGGCCUGCGUAGCUUUGCGGCACUGGAGUCUGGGGACGUGCGGCUCGCCCUACGCCUGCUGCGCAACCGCGCGCUCGCGCCCGCCGCCGCCCGCGCGUUGCCAAGCUUGCUCUUCCCAGGCCCUGCCGCGGACAACGUAGACGACGUGCCGCAGUCCCGCUUGGUCCUCCUGGCACGCCGCGGAAGCGCGCUGCACCUGCUGUUCCGCCUCGGCGGGGACGCGCCUAAGGGCGCGCUGCUGCGCACGCAUGCGGAGCUGCUGUACGCGCGCCUUCAGGAGCUGGGCGGUGCCGAUUCUACGGGCGCGCGCAAACUCCUGGAUACGCUGUGGGAGCACGGGCCGCGGGAGCACGUGCUCAGCGUGAUGGCCGAAGCUCUGUUGCGCGAGACGGACCCGGAGCCAGCCCAGGCCGCAGACUCUGCGGGAGCGGUUGAAACACAAAAACUACUGCACUGGCUUCUAGAAAGUACCGAGGUACUGGCCGCUUUUUGCCGCCAUCUGCCAGCUAAGCGCCUGGCCUCUGUGGCGGGCUGCCACCAUGCACUGUCUCGCGCCUACCUGGACCUGCUCACAGCGUGGGCCACGCGGCUGCAUUAUGAUCUGCAGAAGGGCGCCUGGGUCCCCACACAGGUGGAGGACAUGUCCUGGGAAGAGCUGUGUCUAAGGCUGCAGAGCUUGUGCCAGGCCCAGCCAUUUCUGCAGGAAGAGGUGCUGGUGACCCUACGUUCCUGCAAAGCCUUGGAUGGCGAUUUUGAGGUUCCUGGAAUGAGCAUCUGGACAGACCUCCUGCUGGCCCUGCCUGGUGGUGCUUGAGUGUCAUGCUAAAGGAGGUUCUCAGGUCCCAGGCUGGUCAUCUAGACAGACCCUGUCCCAUGGAGGGAACAAGCAUACUUCUCACAAAGCCUCUAUGCACAGCAUCCUGCUACUACUUGACUAGACAGUUUAGAAACUGACAGUGUUUUUACCAACUCCCUAUAUAUACAUGUUCCCAAAACCUAAUUACUUAGGUGCCAAUUUUAAAUGGUUCGUAAUACA